AAUACGCGUAUUGAAAUAUCAAUAAUUUUGUGUACUAAUAUAAAUUUAAAUAUGCUGUGAGAAAAUAGAACUAAUUUGUUCUAAUUAACGACAUGAAUGGUUACUUAGUACCUCAUAAAUCAAUGCGCAUUAUGAUUAGAAUUGAAAGAAUUACGGAUUUAGAACGGUUCGCUGAGAACAUUCCCAAACCGAAAGGCGCUGUACCAAAUUUCGGUUUACCAAGAUGGAAGAUGAUGCCUCUGGAGCAUAAAAUACCGAUAGUACCUGGACCAAAGGGCGUUUAUAGCUUUACGCGACGCAAAGUGGGGAAAAAAUUAUGGGAACCGAAAUUAGAAUUUAAUUUGAGCGAUCCUUAUUGCCAUGAAACCAAAUUCCUUUAUGAACCCUUGCACGACAAGCAUCUGCUCAAGUUCUUUUCUAGACCGAUUAAUCAGAAAUGUCUACUGAAAGCCGAUCUAAUCACAGAUAACAUGGACGUGAAGUGUUCGCUGCACGAUUAUAACGAGUACAGGAAAUAUCUAAGGCAGAUGUACGCUGAUAGUAUCAAGAGGGAGCUGAGAAAAAGAAACUGUCUCUUUGUCGAGAGGAAAGCCCUACGCUUUGCCGAAGACCAGGCACGCAAGGAAGCGGAAAGAUUGAAAGAAAAAGAGAAGUUCAUUACUGAGAGACAGCAUCGCGUGCAGCAACGGUUACUACAAGAGAAACUGAGAACUCGAAAACUGGAGGAGCAAGCAUACAAUACGACGCGAAGAUUGAAAUUGUUAAAGCUUGUUAGGCAAGAAGAACGAAGACUGAUAAAUAUUAAGCGUGAUGAGCGGAUCGAACAGAUUCGACAAAAAUACAAUAUUGCAGCUCGACGUAAAAUAAUCGAUACGUUAAUGGAUUGGAAGAAAACAGACAAGGCACUAAAGAAAGGCAGGGAGAAACGACUAAUGAAUAUCGCACAACAGAAGCAGAGAGACAUGGAAGAAAAAUGGACAAAAAAGCGGCAGUUCCAGGAAAAAGAUAUUGCGAAACAAAAAAUGUUAUUGCAACGUAUAGAUGUUCGUCGUCAAAAAUUCAUAGAAGAUUAUAACAACAAAAUAAAUAAAGAAACAGCAAAAAUGAAAAGACUUUUGGACGAUGCGAAACUCUUCACAAACUGUUACAUAAAGAGGCGCUUAUCAGAUGGAAGGAAACUCAUUUGCUGCAAGAAAUACUUAAAAAAUAAUAUAGUAAAUGCAAAUUAAAAUACUCUAAAAAACAGAAAAAAACACAUUUUAUAUUAAACGUUGUUUCUAUUGUCAUACGAAAGAAAGCUGAAGUAAAAUGUAACUCACAAAAUUCAGCGAAUCUUCCGUCGAAAUUCAUGAAACGGACGAAACAAAAAAUAUGAAAAGUUUAUAUUUUUAAACAAUACAAAAGAUAAAUAUAGUAGCCUAAUGAGGGUCAGCAAUGAUAAACGCAAUUAUUUAAUAAACAAUCAGAUAUUGGACUGAUGUCUUCUUUAUUUUGAACGUUUCGACUCUCUUUGGAAUCCUCUCCUCAGCAAAAAUGAUUUUAAAUUAUACUUGUAUCAUUUUUGCUGAAGAGGACUCCAAAAGGAGUCAAAACGUUCAAAAAAAAGAAGACAUCAAUCCAAUAUCUGAUUAUUAAUUGUUCACUAAAUAAUUGU